AUGGAAGAGGAGUCGGGUUUUGAUAGCGUACAAUGGGAUCGUGCAGAUCAAACAGCAAGCUCACCUACAGGGCCCGAGUUCGAGGAAAGCUCGUUACCACAUCGACCUGCUGGCAACCGAAGAACGAGCACAGCCAGUAGCGAGCGUGAACCUCAAGCAGGCGAAAAUGCGGAUGCUAUUGACCUGGCAGGAAUAGGUGAGGAGGGUACUCUUGACUGCGUGGUUGGCUCGCCGAGAAAAGAGAACGAUGGCACAAAGGAUGCUUAUGUAUCCUAUGAAAUCUUGACACAGACAGACUUUCAAUCGUUUAUGAAGUCUGAGUUUUCGGUAAGAAGACGCUUCACCGACUUCGUCUUCCUGCGCCAUGCGCUAUACAAAGAAUACCAGGCAGCUGCUAUCCCACCUCUACCCGAGAAGAACAACAUGGCGUACGUUCGUGGCGAUCGAUUUAGUCCUGAAUUUACACAGAGAAGAGCUUGGUCUCUACACCGAUUCAUCAAGCGCAUAACACAGCACCCCAUACUUCGUAGAGCCCCCAUAUUCCUUCUGUUUCUCGAAACACAAGACUGGAACCAGCAGAUGAAGCUUCGGCCGAGUCGCAGCAUUACAGCCAGUGAAGCAAGCACAUCGGGUCCUACGCCCCCGCAAGGUUUCUUCGAUAAUGUCGCAGAUACCAUGCUCAAUGCAUUUUCGAAAGUACAUAAGCCUGAUCGAAGAUUCUUGGACGUGAUGGAACGGCUAAACAAGCUGGACGAAGAUCUCAACCAUGUUGAGAAGAUAGUGGCCCGUGUGGUGAGACGUGAGGGUGAUCUAGAACAGGACUAUGCCGAUCUGGCAGUCAACAUGCGCAAGCUGACACCGAUGGAACCAGGUAUUGAACCACAAGUGCUCACCUUUGCAGGCUGCGUGGAAGAAACUUCGAGAGGCUGGAAGAGUCUCAAAGAGCACACGGAUCAGAGUUACCUUGGUAGCCUGAGGGAUAUGGAUGCCUAUAUCGCAAGUAUCAAAGCUUUAUUACGGACAAGAGAACAGAAACAACUGGACUUCGAAGGUUUGACGGACUACCUAGCAAAAGCUUCCCAGGAACGAGAUACACUGGUAUCACAUGCCCAAUAUGGCACAUCUUCAUCGCUAAAUCCGGCAACCUUCAUUCGACACAAAGUGGAAGACAUGCGUGGUGUGGACCACGAGCAAGCACGACGCGAACGAGCACGCAAACUUGAACUUAGGAUUGAAGAACUAAACCGUGAAGUUGAUAUUGCCAAGAGCACGAGUGAGAUGUUCGACCAGCAGGUAUUGAAGGAAGUCAACGAUUUCGAGCGCAUCAAGGGUUUGGAGUUCCGAGACUGUUUGGGAUCCCUGGCGGGGCAGAACAUUGAUUUCUACAAGGGAGUUAUCGAUACUUGGGAGAGGUUCCUGGGUGAUGUGGACGCCGACAACAAGACGCUGAAGGGAAAAGGCGUAACAGCAUGA